GAACCAUCGUGUCGACUUUGCGGGAAGAUAAAUAAUAAUGAAAACCCAUCCAGUGAUAUUCAACUAACAUCCUAUCUCUUUGUAAAAUGUCCAUCUCAAAGGGAACCGAUAUUUCACCAGAAUACCAACGUAAGAAUAGUAACCACCAACGCUACCAUCCCGACAUUCCCUUUUUCCGUUCUCAGCUUUUCGGCACUUCCCGUUAUUCUGUAUGACGUAGAUGGCCCCUGUUGCGACGGAGACAAGUUAUCUGUGGCAUCAGAGGCAGAUGAAGAUACCAUCUCUGUGAGUGUGGCCGGUAGUCCAGAUCUAAAUCGUAUAUUGCCCGUCUGUCGUAAUUCAUUUUACAAGGACUGA